GAAAUUCCGGUGAUUGAAUCCAGAUCCAGUAAUCACACCGCCAAGAGGCGCACUGAUCGUUGGUCCGGAAAAGUAGCAGCCUUGCAAGCUCGUCGCGCGGCCAUCGCUUUCCGUCGCCCCUGCCGGUGGCCGCCAAACAGUUUACGCUGCCUGCCUGCCUCCACAACUUCCGACAGCCGCACAGAUCGCCUCCGCUCGUGUCUGAUUUCGGCGAACCCUAUUCCCAUUCCCCUUUUGUGUGCGUCGUUGAUGCAGAUAAGGUGCUUGCCCAGAAGCAAAUGCGUGCCUUGUGCGGGGAGCGCACAAUUGCAGCAAGCAACAGAUCAACCACUGACCGACAGAACUGUGCCAAUUUGCCAACUGAAGGUGGACUUUAAGCCCCUUGUGAGCUAGUGAAGUCUAGCAGCAAUAAACUCAAGGAAAACAUUCCACCAGGGUAAUAAUGGCGGAUGAAUCAUGGAGGAUACCUAUGUUAGUGCAAGAACUGGCAGCCAAGGUGCAGCAGCCACCAAGCAGAUAUGUGCAGCCGGAGCAGUAUCAUCCCGUCAGCCUACUGGUUGGUGCUGAGAAGCCGGAGCCCAUCCCUGUAAUUGACCUUAGCCGGCUUUUGGCUGCUGAUGGUGCGGAUGAUGAGGGAAGCAAGCUCCGGUUCGCCUUGCAGAGCUGGGGGCUCUUCCUGCUUGUAUAUUCAGGUCGAUAACCAUGAAAUUGAAACUUCUUUGAUGGAUGAUUUGAUCAACGCAUCAAGAGAGUUUUUCCAUCUGCCACUCGAAGAGAAACAGAAGUGCAGUAACUUGAUAGACGGCAAACAUUUCCAGGUGGAAGGAUAUGGAAAUGACCCAGUGGCAUCAAAGGAUCAAACCCUGGAUUGGUUGGACCGACUUCAUCUCAGGGUAGAGCCAGAAGAUGAGAGGAAUCUUGUCCAUUGGCCGGAACAUCCCAAUUCUUUUAGGGCUCUUUUACAUGAGUACACGUUGAGCUGCAAGAGAAUCAAAGAUUGUAUCCUUCGGGCAAUGGCCAAGUCUCUAGGACUUAAUGAAGAUUACAUUGUUUCCCAGUUUAGCAACAAGGCUCCCAGUUUCGCCAGAUUCAACUACUACCCACCCUGUCCAAGACCAGAUAUUGUCUUUGGCGUCAAGCCUCACUCUGACAGCGGUGUUCUUACCAUUCUUCUCAUGGACAAAGAUGUUGGUGGACUUCAAGUUCUUAGAGAUGGCGUGUGGCACAAUGUUCCAACAAAUCCUCACAGGUUGUUGAUUAACAUAGGAGACUACGUAGAGAUAAUGAGUAAUGGGAUCUUCAAGAGCCCAGUGCACAGGGCUGUCACAAACGCGGGGAAGGAGAGGAUCUCUUUGGCUAUGUUCCAUGGCCUGGAUCCCGAGAAAGAGAUUGAGCCGGCGACAGCUCUGUUACAUGAGAAGCAACCAGCACGGUACAGGAAAAUCAAAGCAAAGGAGUACCUUGCUGGGUUCUACGAACAUUUUUGUAGAGGAGCAAGAUUUAUAGACUCCGUGAAGAUCUAAGGGAGGUAGCUUAGUUUCUAACGGAGUAUCAAUGGUGAGUCAAGAAUGUCUUCUUUGUCGUGUGAUGUACGUAUAUAAUAUGGAUCACCAGAUGAAUGUGCUGAAGAUGAUUUAAAGAACCCACCGCUGGGAUUUUAUAUAAAUAUUUUUUCUUCGACA